CCAUUUGGUAACGUAAAGUUUGCUUUACCAGUUCCUUCAAUCAUGUCUGCAGGACCUGAUAUUGUAUUGACGACAAUUCUUGUCGGUUUUAUAUCAGAGAAAUAUCUCCUUUGUCUCAGAAUAGUGUGCGUCGUUCCACUAUCUGGUAUGCAUAUUUCACGAAUCCGUUUCUUAGAUUUUGCUCCAUUUGCAUUCUGAUCCAUUUCUGAAAUUGUCAUAAAUAUAAAAGGAAACAUAAAAUUCAUUCAUAUAAGGAAAAAACACAAUAAUUAUACAUUAAGGUGAUGUUAAAACAUCAUUAUUUGUUUAAAACAGGAAAUGUAAUAAUUAUACAUGACAAUAUUGAAAACUAUUCAAUAGUCUUAUUAUAAGCAUUUCGGCUCUCUUCAGGAGUAAUCUAGUCCAGCUCAUUAGCGAAGUCGGAGGCAUCGAGGUACGAUGUUCCUUCAAAGUUUUCAGUGAGGUUCACUUCUUUAGCUUUGCCUUUCGUGGACUCUUGAUAUAACUUACAGAGAUGUGAAGGAGUACGACAGGUACGGGACCAAUGUCCUUUACAGCCACAUCUGUAACACACUGUCUCACGCUUCUGGGUGGUAUCCUCUUGAGUUUCUUUACCCUUGGAAACUUGCCCGGGUCUAACCCACUUGUUAGAUCCCCUCCAUUUGGGAUUGUAAGUUUUUCCACGUUUGUUGUUGAAACGGCGGCCAUGACCUCGAUUGGCCUGGUUUCUCCUUUCCGAAUUUUCUAUCGCCGUAGCAUUCACUUCAGGGAAUGCUUUGGCUCCCGUAGGUCGGGAAUUGUGGUUUUUGAUUAAGAGCUCAUUGUUCUUUUCAGCUAACAUGAGCGCAACCAUCAAUUCAGAAAAUCUCGUGUACCCGCAUUUUCGGUAAAUUUCGGGCAAGAAGUGAAGCUGUUUGUGGAAAGUGAUAUAUGUGGAAAGUGAUAUAUGUUUUAUUCAUCAUUUCUGCCUCAGAGACAGGAUUACCACAAUACUUCAGGAGUGCAACUAUCCUCAGGAAAGCGGAAUUGUAAUCCUCAACCUUUUGAAAAUCUUGGAACCUCAGAUUUUUCCACUCUUCUAGAGCGUGAGGGAGGUUGAUUUGUCUCUGGUUAUCGAACCUUUCUUUUAAAGUUUGCCACAGUUCAGCUGGGUCCUCGACGUUUGCAUAGUCGUGCAUUAGACUUUCAUCUAAAUGCUUCUUCAGGAAGAUUAUCGCUUCGGCUAUAUGCUCGGGUGGUGAUUUGUUACCGAUUACAAUUGUUUCGGUUAUCUUUUUCAUCACCAGAUAUGGUUUCACGUUUGUGACCCAUCCGACGUAAUUUUCGCCAGUUAUUUUUAGGGCCGGGAACUGGAGUUUCUCGAUGUUUGCCAUUUGUAUUUCUAAAAACACAAAAUAAAAUAUUUUAUUAGAACUUCAUAAUUUAAAAACCGUUUACAUUAAUCAUGCAAGCAAUUACAAGGUGAAGCGAUGUAAAGAAAAUUAAACCGAUAUUCAUCUUAAAUUCACUCGGAGUAAAUUCUCCAACGAAUCUUAUAACAUAAAGAACAAGGCUACUCUCUUUUUAGAGCUCCACGUCAUCAAAUAGGAGAGCGAGAAGCUGCCACGUGUCGAAGCAUCCAAACGCAUCGCGUUGUUUAGUCUGUGGGUUAUAGACGCUUUGUUUGUUGGGCCUUGCCAUUUAGCCCAUGCAAUAUAAGAUUAUACAAAACACAGCGCUUUGAGUUAGGUUUACGGUGGUUGUUUUGUUGCGUCUCCAGCUUAGAUCGUUUCACUCCUUGCGCAUCUGACCUUCCAUCUCCUCCAUCGCAAGACCUCAGAAACUGAACGAGCGUCUUUAAUCCCGUCAUUAAUCUAUCACCCACGAUCUGGAUUCAAUGCGAUAUUUUGAUGUGCGAUGCGUUUGAGACGACUAUAAGAAGGUAUCUUUCGUUCUUCUCAGAUACUACAUCACUUCCGUUCUACAUUCUUCUCGGAAAAAAGUGCUAUGGCUAACGUUUUGGUUCUCCUAUCCGAUCUCCAUUCCGGUCGCUCUUCCUCCGCCGUCGAAGUCCGCUUGCUCCGCUUCUGGGAGGCCAGAAACGUCCGCCGUAGUGGAGAACUCAUGGGCGUCGACAUGCUCUUACUCGACUCGCAGUCAACCAUGAUGCCGGCUACAGUUAAUGUUAACCGUCUCGCAACACACCUGACUAAUCUUGAAGAGGGUUCGGUCUACUCUCUUACAGGUUUUGAAGUCACACAUUGUAACCAGAAUUAUCGCCUGUCAGACUCUUCUCUACUAAUCCGGUUUACCGACUCCACCUCUUUCAAGAAGGUCACCGAACCAGCCGUUCCAAUACCUCUUGAAUCAUUCCGGUUCCGUAACUACAGUGAAAUGCUUGGUCUUGCUAAUUCCAACAAUCAAUUACCGGAUCUUAUUGGCGAGAUUACUGCUGUCAAGAGUACGGUAACUGACCCUCCUCAGGAUAAGAAUCGUGUCAUGGCGACCAUUAGGAUGGACAAUGACACGUCUGUGACUAUGAGCCUCUUUGACGCUCAGGCUGUUAAGAUUCAUAAUCAGCUAGAACAGAUAGGAGUGGAUCCAAGGGUUGUUGUUGCAACCAGUGUGAACCCAAAGAUUGUGGGAGGGCGUCUGUUUUUGAACGCCACAUCCGGCACACACAUCUAUUUCGACAAGCAAACAGAUGCAGGGGAACGAUUGUUUUACAGGUUGGUUGAGCGAGACACUGGACUCCCGCCAGUAGCUCCGCUGCUAAAGAGUUAUGCUAAGGUGGAGAAGCUGAGUAUAUCUGAGCUCAAUGAUUUUGUCGUCACUGCUACGUCUCAGGAAAUUGAUUUCAUUUGCGCCGGAAAGGUGACUGGAGUGAAAUUGGACAAGGGGUGGUGCUAUGUUUCCUGUUCAAAAUGUUUCAAGAAACUCCAACGGUCUGUCUCAUCUCUCACGUGUAUGUCUUGCAACAACACCAGUGCAGUUGGUGUUCUUCGAUACCGUGUGGAGAUGUCAAUCGCAGACGAGACUGGUGAAGGUUUGUUUGUUGCGUUUGAUGGAGUUAUUGCGAAGCUCCAUAACAUGAGGGCCCAUGAAGCUGCCAACCUCUUGGCCGGUGAUGAUGUCAACCCCGAAGAAACUGAUGCUCCUCCGUUUGUUCGAGACAUGGAGGGAAAGUCAUACACGUUCCAGGUGAAGGUGGGCCCAUACAAUUUCACAGCAAAUCAUCAAAGCUUCACCAUCUCACGUAUUCUCGGGGAGGGUGAACGUGCGCCACAGCCUGAGUUUGUUGAAGAUGGUGGUGACGAUGACAAUGGAGAUGACAACGACGGUGCUGGCUUGGUGAGACGUAAGAUGAAGGAUGGUGGAUGUAGCAAGUCCGCAGGGCCAUCUGCUAAGUCUAAGAAGGCACGGAAGGCAUAAGUGGGAAGGCAGAUACCCCUUCUCAAUAAUAAUAAAGUUUUUGCUUUUUUUUCAAUAGACAAUUAUGCAUUUGGUGUUUCUCCUUUGGUGUUUUUAUCUUUGUUGACAAUUGCGUUUUCUUUAUGAACAAGUAUGCAUUUGGUAUUUCCCUAUUUAUUAUUCCAUGUUUCGUGAUA